AUGACGAACGAACAACCAAUCUUUGUCUUUGUCCCAGGUGCAUGGCAUACUCCCGACACCUUCAAUGGCCUGCGCAGCCUCAUGGCACAACAGGGACUCGAGACUGAAGCCAUCGCCACUCCGUCUGUCGGCGCGUCAACUCCUGCGACAGGCCUUCACGCCGAUAUCGAGUACACCAAGGGCAUCCUGCGAGGACUGGUCGACAACGGACGGCAGGUGGUGGUAGUUGGGCAUUCCUACGGGGGAAUUGUCGGUGGGUGUGCCGUGGAAGGACUUGGAUAUGCCCAGCGAUCGAAAGAAGGUCUUCCAGGUGGUGUAAUCAUGGUCGUGUGGUUGACAGCCUUUGUCGCGCCCAAGGGGAAGUCGCUGCUUGAUCUUCUCGGGGGCAGCUGGUUGCCUUGGAUGCAGUUCAAGAAUGACGAUGGCUACAGCUACAGCUCGGAGGAAGAGACGGUCUUCUAUAGCGACAUGACACCCGAGGCCCAGCAGAAACAUAUUUCCUUACUGAAGCGCCACCCGACGUUGUGCUUCACUGAGCCCGCGGUGUAUGAGCCAUGGCAUGAUAUUCCCGCCAUGUACCUAUUCUGCGACGAGGACCAGGGCCUUUCACUGGCUGUUCAAGAAGCGUUUGCGAGGACCCUCGGGGCGCCAGUGACAUUCCACACUGAAGGAUCCCACUCGGCGUUCUUGAGCCAGCCUGCACAAGUGAUUGACGGGCUGCGGGUGGCAUUGGAUGCUGGGAGGAAGCAGAGUGGCAUCACCGCUUAA